AUGACCCCAAGGGUUAACUGCGCUUGUGCUAAUUUUGCGCGCCUCCGGGUAAUCAUAACAUGUUUGGAAGCUGAUUUCUCUAUUUUUUUGUUUUCUUUCUGGACUGACUCCUGGGGGCAUACUAAAGCCUGCGGCUUUGUUUGUAACUCAUCUGUUUUCUCUAUGGUCUUUGAGCUCUCCUCUUGAAUCGGAGGCUCUUCACGCAAAAUUGGCUCAUUUUGCUUGCUCGCAGGCUCUAUAGCCGGAGGCUUCUUAUCUGUUUCAAUGUUCACGGGACUCGCUUCUAGCGGAAAUAUUUUAUUGACGGGACGGGUAGAAAUUCGGCCGUUAGGCAUUAGUAGCUUAACACUCCGAACUGGUCCUGGGUGACCAUUUAAUUCUACUAUUUUAGCUAGGGUCCAUUCAUUUCUGGGUUGCAUUAAAUUCUCUACUAGUACGACUUCGCCUAGUUGGGGAGCUGAAUGAAUUUGUAGUCGAGGACCAACGUGGUCCCAUUUUGAUCGAUCACGAAGGGUGACGAGGUACUCCUUCCUCCACCUCACCCAAAGGUUUUCUAAAUUUUCCAGAGUGGCCUUCCACCACGCGAUAAGCUGUUCGUGGGGUAGUGGCCUAGGUUUAUCUUGUUCGGGACUCAAAGGGUCACAGUGAAGUAUUGCUCCGGGCUGAAUAAAAUCAAUUGGU